UUAAAUAACAGAUAUUUCAAAAUAAACAAGCAAAUGCACAUAUGCUGCCAUAAAUCAUACUCAACAAUCAUUGCAAAUACCAGCACAAGUAUAGUAAUAACCAUGUAUAAUUUAUCCUGCGUCAACUAACAGCUAACAACAUGAAAACUCAUUCACAAAAACAAGUUCAUAACAGAAAUCGGCGGCAAGGCAACUUGAGAGUUAGUAACGAACAUGAAGCAAUUUUAUAACAGAAAAUUAAUCAACAGCUUGCACAAACCACGUACAUUUCAGCCCCAUUCGGUAUUUGAACAAUAUGGCACCGCCAUUUUCGUAGCCAUUGAAGCAGAUGCUUUUCACUCCACGUGGAGUCCAUUUCAUAUUUCAAACUCACCAAAACAAGUCAAGGCACAAAACGACAUGGACAGUUUCUUAUAAUUCCAUUCCAACUUAAUCGCAUCUUGUAACUACUAAUCACAAACCAAACUUAACGUAGCAACGAACCCGCUUUCGUCUAUAACAAUCUCCUAACUUAACUUAAAUCCACUAACAUUCAUUACUAACAUAACUAACAUUGAAUGCCUAACCGUAUUUUAAUCAUCACCCUUCUGGCUCCUAACUGAAUUACCGUAUUCUAACAGAAAUUGAAAAACGACUUAACAGAAAAUCAGCUAACUUAACAAACUCUAACAACCUAACCAACCAUAUAACUGUUUCCCAACUGUUAUUAACUAACAAGCUACCCGAACUGACCUGGAUCAACAACCUACCCGAUUCAGUUGGGACAUCUCAUCCUCUAUUUAAACAGCUUAACCCUCAUUCCGCAUUCUUCUCUGGGGGGAUUCGGCAAUGGAUUCUGCAGAUUUCUCUUGAUUCUGCAAUGAAUGCUGCAGAUUUUCUGCUGAUUCUACAAUGAAUUCUGCAGGAUUUCUCUCCAUUCUGCAAUCUCUCUGUUUCCGUUGCUGCGUUUUUCUUCUUCAUUCUCCAAACCUCCCUUUUCAUUCUGUUCUUCAUCCAUUAUUCUACCUGCAACAACCAAAAAGGGAUUCACACUCUACCCAUAACAGAAAUCCAGAGUUAGCAGGAACAAUGAAAGGGAAAUAAAAAAAGGAAAGAGAAGGAAGCAGAGUGAAAAAAAGCAUUGCCUGCAAAGCGGCUAACGCCGUUUAAACCGCAUCGAAUCCGCUGUCACGAUCGAUUUCGUGGAAGGAGCAUACCUGUUACAAAGAUUAAGCCCUAUUAAAGCCCCAAUAUAUUAAGCCCCUUAUCAUUGAGAUUUAUUUUAGGCCCUUUAUAUAAUGCAUUUUUUUUAGGCCCCAUUGAGGGGCCUUAUUUUAUUCCCAAAAUUUGGACGUUGAGUUUAUCACUCCAUUCAUGUUCUGUGCAAAGCUUCCGCCACCGUCAACCAAUUACACCGCCGUCGACUUUUCUCUAUCACAGAAAUAAAGGCCAUUGAGAGUUUGCUCAGCAAAAAGAUAUUCCUUAAUAUAGAGUAUGGAGUCAAUGGAUACGAGUGAGUAUGCACAAGGUCAAGAUGAAACUCAUAAAGAAAUAUUGUCAACACUUUGGAUUAUUUUCACUAAAAUCGGCAAAGGAAAAGAUGGAGUUGAAAGAGCUGCAUGCAAUUUUUGUAGUACUGAUUUUGCCAUUGGAAAAAACCCCAAGUCUGGUCAAAGUUAUGGAACUUCACAUCUAAGUCGUCAUGUUUUUAUUUGUAAAAGUUUCCGGUUGAGCCUUCUUAGUCUAGAGGAAUCGUCAAGCCUAACCCCAAUCAACCAAAACACACAUCGUGAAUUACUUGGAGAAGCCAUUAUUGCACAUGAUCUUCCUUUUAGCUUUGUCGAGUAUGAAAAAAUUCGAGUUUGGGUGAAAUAUUUGAAUCCAUGUGUUGAAAUGGCCUCUAGGAAUACCAUGGUGUCAUAUAUUGAAAAAAUAUAUGAUAAAGAAAGGAUCAAGCUUAAGGAAAUCAUGGGAAUAAAAUUUGUCUAACAUCGGAUGUUUGGACAGCAUCUACUAGUGAGGGUUAUAUCUGUUUGACUGCUCAUUUUGUUGAUGAAAAUUGGAAGUUAGUUAGUUGUCUUCUUAACUUUCUUCGAAUGAAGCCCCCCCACACGGGUAUUGCACUGGAAGCUACUUUAUUUGAUUGCUUAAAGCAAUGGGGAAUAGAUAAGAAAAUAUUUACUAUUACGCUGGAUAACGCAUCUGCCAAUGAUAACAUGCAAGACCACUUGAAAACUCAUCUUCGAGUGCAAGGCAAUUUGAUGUGUGAUGGUGAAUUUUUUCAUAUCCGAUGUUCGGCCCAUGUACUCAACUUAAUUGUCCAAGAGGGUUUAAAAGUUGCUAGUGAAGCCCUCCAUAAAAUUAGAGAGAGUGUCAAGCAUAUUAAAGGAUCUGAUGGAAGGAUGCUUAAGUUCAGAGAUUGUGUCGAGGAUGCAGGGAUAAAUGUUAGCGGUGGUUUAAGAUUUGAUGUAUCUACUAGAUGGAAUAGCACUUAUUUGAUGCUUGAAAGUGCCUUGCAAUAUAGGAAAGCUUUUGAGUUUUAUAAGGUGGCGGAUAGAAGCUAUAAAUAUUGUCCAUCUGAUGAGGAAUGGGAAAAGGGGGAAAGGAUUUGUGAGUUUUUAGAACCUUUUUAUGAAAUUACCAAUUUGAUUUCUGGUUCAUCUUAUCCAACUGCAAAUCUGUAUUUCAUGCAAGUGUGGAAAGUCCAGUGCAUUUUAGAAAAACAUCAAAAAGUAUUGAUAAGGUGAUAAAAGAUAUGUCUGAUAAUAUGAAAAUGAAAUUUGACAAAUACUGGAAAAACUAUAGUAUUGUGCUAGCAUUUGGAGCUAUUCUUGAUCCACGCUUGAAGGAUAAAUUUUUGAAGUUUUGCUAUACUACACUUGAUGCCUCAACCUCUGAAGGGAAACUUAAGAAUGUAAUGGAUAAAUUCAAAGGGCUUUAUGAAGAAUAUGAUUUUAAAACAUGGAACUCGAUUGAGAGUAGGUUUGUUCUUGGAAAGAAUGAAUUAGAUAUAUACUUUGACGAUGAAUUACUGGAGCUAAAUGAAGAACACUCUGAAGAUUUUGAUGUACUUCUUUAUUGGAAGUUUAAUGAGAAAAAGUUUCCGAUACUCUCCAUAAUGGCACGCGAUGUGCUUAGCAUUCCUAUCACGACUGUAGCAUCUGAGUCUUCUUUCAGUAUCGGUGGACGUGUUCUUACGAAAUACAGAAGUUCUACUCUUCCUGAACACAUCCAAAUGUUAAUUUGUACUCGAAGUUGGUUGCAUGGAUUUUCGGAAAAUAUGAAUGAUGAGGAAGAUAUCAACGCUAAUGAUGAAGGCAAUACUGAGGUGACAAUGACUCAACAUACAUUUGGAUUGCAAGAUUGAAUUGGAAGACUAAUUUUAGUGCCAUAUACUUUAUUCUGGUUGUUGAAUUUAUCUUUUCAUGUUUUUUUGGUUGAAUUAGUGUCUUUGUUUAUGUGAUAUGUGGUUCAUGUUUGUAUUGAUUUACUUCAAUUUCGAAUGUUGAAUGUCCGGAGUAUCGACAUAUAUCUUUCAGUGAUAUGUUUACAUAGUAUUUUUCGUGAA